GAUGCGGUGAAGAUUCGCUCACUGUUCAUCCUGUUUGGUGGUCUGCCACCGUCUCUCCUCUCCUCGCCUCGUCAUAAUUUAAAGCAAGUAGUACUGCUUUGCUAACGACCAAACCAAACUGAUUGGCAAAUCAGCAGAGCUAGCUAGCUCAUCUUCUUCUGAGGUUGUAGUACUGUAUUUGCCAAUCAGCAGAGCUAGCUAGAAUAAUCUGCUCAAGAUGUUUGGAGCAAUGCACCAUCUUCUUCUGAGGGGUAAGAUGAGCGCUGCCGCGGCGGCGAUCUCGUCCGGCGUCGGCCUCGCUCGCUUCUCCACGGCCCCAAGUUCCGAGAGGCUGGCCGGGAAGGUGGCCGUCAUCACCGGCGCCGCUAGCGGCAUGGGCAAGGCGACAGCCGCGGAGUUCGUCAGGAACGGCGCCAAGGUCAUCCUCACCGACAUCCAGGACGACCUCGGCCGCGCCGUGGCCGCGGAGCUCGGCCCGGACGCCUCCUACGCCCGCUGCGACGUGACCGACGAGGCGCAGAUCGCCGCGGCCGUGGACCUCGCGGUGGCGCGCCACGGCCGGCUCGACAUCCUGCACAACCACGCCGGGGUCGCGGGGAGGAUGACCAUGGACUCCGUCGCGUGCCUCGACCUCGCCGACUUCGACCGCACCAUGGCAGCCAACGCGCGGUCCGCCGUCGCCGGGAUCAAGCACGCGGCGCGCGUGAUGGUGCCGCGCCGGAGCGGGUGCAUCAUCUGCACGGCGAGCACGGCGGGGGUGCUCGGCGGCGUGAACCCCGCGUACUGCAUCUCCAAGGCGGCCGUGAUCGGCGCCGUCCGGGCGUUGGCCGGGGAACUGGGGAGGCACGGUGUGCGCGUGAACGCAAUCUCGCCGCACGCCAUCGCGACGCCGUUCGGGCUGCACGGGCUGGCAGAGCUGCUCCCGGAGGCGAGCGAGGAGGAGCUGAGGCGAAUGGUGGAGUCGGGUAUGAACGAGAUGGGCGGGACGGUGCUGGAGGUGGAGGACAUCGCGCGGGCAGCCGUGUACCUGGCUUCCGAGGAAGCCAGGUACGUCAACGGGCACAACCUCGUCGUCGACGGCGGGUUUACCGCUGGGAAGCUGAUUCACCCGCCGGAUCCGGUGAAGAGUAGGUGACAGGCAAGGCAUGGCAUGGCAUGAGCAUGACCGUGAUAGACAUGAGGAGAAACAUGUAAUCUGAGCUAGUAGUAGUACCCCUCUUCCACUAGCAUGCGCAAUGAAUAAAGGGAGUGUUAGAGCAUCUUCAACAACCCUUUAAAAAGUGUUCGGUUCGUUAAAAUAUUUAUUUUUAAAUCAUAAUUAAGCUUGUAAAAUUGUGCGGGCCUUGAAAAGCUUUGAGCAUCCCUUGAAAAAACUAUCCCAUCCAUUAUAUUUGAGGCG